AUGAAGGUUGUAUUUUUUGUAUCCUGUGUGUUAGCUGAUGAACAUAAGUUAUUACAUUAUGCAACUGGUGAAGUCGUAGGAGGUUCAUAUAAUUAUUAUAGUUUAGCUGAUGAUUGUGGUAUUAAAAUAGUAUUAAUAUCUGAGACUGGAGAUGCAGAUUUAUAUGUUUCACAAAUAAUAACAAAACCAACUUAUGAACCAGAUCAGUAUUGUUUUCAAUCUGCUACCUGUGCAGAAGAUAUUGUUGUUAUCCCUAAUAGUUCUAAAAGACCAAUUAAUAUAGGUGUUUAUGGACAUCCAUCAUAUGAGAAUAGUAAAUACAUUCUUGUAGUAUUUCAAAUAACAGAAAUUGAUAAUGAUCAGGAACAAGAACCAUUAAUUUCAACAUCCAUUACCUGGUACCUAUUGGAUUUACUAUUCCGCAUAUUAUUUUGA